AUGAGCAUUGACGAACAACCAUACUCAAUUUUAGAGCCAUCUGAAGAUUACGAUUUGGUCGAACCUCCAACAAAAUUGACAAGAUCAAACACAAAUAUCACACUUCAAAAUAACUAUUUAGAAAAUAGUUCUUCAGCAACUUCUCCAGAAACUUUGGCAUCACUACUUGACUCGGGAGAAUCUAAUUGUGCUUUACCUCCAACAGUUAUUGAUGUGAUUAAAGUUGAAGAAUCUCGUGUAGAAAAGAAAAAGAGUAACAAGCUAUUUCAAGAUGAAAAGCUUAUCACUUUUUCAAAUCUUUCUCAUGAAUAUAAAGUCACUAUGCUUUUGAUGGCAUUACAGCUUUUUGACCAAGUGAGUCUUGUACCAAGUGCAAAACCAGCUCAGCUUUAUGAUUAUGCCGUUAACUUGGCUAAAUCUUACGAUGUAAAAUCAUUUGAUACAUAUUCGCUGCUUAUACAGCGUGCAAGCCGAGUCAUUCAUCAGUUGAAAGAAUUUAAGUUGCGCCCAGCUGAACUCCCUUUUGGUUCUGAUGUUUGCACAGUUGAGGGGCGUUCGCUGACCUCAGAACAAUGUUUGGAUCCUUUGAAUCUACAGGUUUGGGUUCAAAACAAUCUGAAUCAUGGAAUUGAAAAUUUGAUGUUGCAUAAUUUUGGUUCAUUGAAUGCUUCCUCAUUUGUUCAAAUUGUUUCCUCUUGGCAAGGUCAAGAAGCAGUUGCUCAAGAACGCAACUUAUUGUCUUAUUUUUGGGAUGACGAACGAUUUGAAGCUGACUUGCGUCAGAACAAUUGCAAAGUUGAUUUAGCAAUUUUUCGUUCAUUUUCAAGUACCCCUCGAGCCGUAUUUCUUGCUCAUGUUGCUAGAAUUGGUGCCUUGAUUCAGGAAAUUAUCUUGAAUGGAAUUCCAAAUGAGGUAAAAUCUCGAAUUAUCAAUUCAGUCAUGUGUCUUCGGCAGGCAGAUGGUCGUGUGUCAAGAUUUACAACACCAUGCUGCGAAAAUCAGGGUAACAUUUAUUGUACACCUCCUAUUGCUUUAAAUGAAUUGCGUGAUGGUUUCAGCUUGGAAAUUUCAAGACUAAUGAAAGAAGUGCUCUGGGAAAAUAGCGCUUUAAUAGCCCAAAGUAAAUUGGCUGUUCAAGCUGCUGUCCAGUUUGCAGUCCAUGUUUUAGAAAAAUGCUCGAAAUUUGUGGCUAGUUGUACUCACCAUUGUUCUGCGACCUCAACUACCUUAGAAGCUUUGGUGUCUGGAACCCACCUUAAUACGAUUACACAAUGUGCCGAUUCUGACUGUAUGGUUUGUCGCCCUCUUAGACGUUUGUUGAUUGGUGUUAAUUCUAAAGGUUCGUGUCAUAUUAUUCAGUAUAUUUAA